ACAGCAGCUAGCUAGUGGCAUUAGCCUCGGACGAGCUGUCAAAACCCACUAUCAAACCGCUCCCAAGUGACUCACACCAGUGGCACUUCACCUCCAAACAGUCACGUUAGUUAGGUGGUAAUGUUGCGAAACUGAUGUAGAAACAUAGGUACGCAUUGUCCUUUUGUAUCUCUCUUUUUUGUUAUAUAGUUAUAUUUAUGUUUAGCUAACCCAGAACGUACCCAGUGUAGCUUAAAGGUGAAAUUACGAAGGUCGAUGUUUUCUCAUGGAGGUUUUGUACCGUUACUAAUCAAGAGGAUUCACGAGUGGGCAAAGACAGGUAGGAGUUGACCAGAGGAGGUACACACUUGGAUUCUUUGCCAUGGGGAAUACCUGUAGUAAUCUUGGGAUCCCUCCAGCUAAGGGCCCCCACCCGGUGGGAUGCACUGACUUCAUGAUGGACCACACUGAAAAGGGCAGCUUCUUCCGGCUUUACUAUCCUUGUCAAGAGUCUGAAAAAGCAGAAAAACCAGACUGGGUGCCAUGCAGGGAGUAUUUUAAUGGUUUGGCAGAUUUCAUGAAAAUCAACAGGAGUCUCAGUGAAAGGAUUUUCAACUACCUCUUUGGGUCCUUUAAGAUCCCAGCCUACAUGGAUGCUCCAUUUAGAUGUAAUGGAAAAUGCCCUGUAGUUAUCUUCUCCCAUGGCCUGGGAGCCUUUAGGACUCUGUAUUCAGCUAUUUGUGCAGAACUGGCGUCUCAGGGCUUCAUCGUGGCAUCAGUGGAACACAGAGACCAGUCAGCCUCAGCUACGUAUUAUUUCCGUGAGAAGACCGAGUCCGAGAAGGCGAAAGGGAAUUCACCUAAAACACCAGACUCAAGUCCAGAUGACAUGGUGAGGGAGUGGAUUUAUUACAGAGCUCUGCAACACGGGGAGAGCGAGUUCCCCCUCCGAAACAAACAGGUGAAACAGAGAGCAGACGAAUGCAUUCUGGCUCUGGAUAAACUCGCUGAAAUUAACUCAGGGACACCGAUGCAGAAUGUUUUGCAAACACAGUUUGACUGGACGACACUGGAGAACUCCAUGGACAUGUGCAGGAUAGCUGUAAUGGGACAUUCCUUCGGAGGAGCCACUGUUAUUGAAGCUCUGUGCAAGGAGGUGAAAUUUAAAUGCGGCAUUGCGCUGGACGCCUGGAUGCAUCCUUUAGAUGAUGAGAUCUUCCCCCGAGUGAAGCAGCCCAUCUUCUUCAUCAACUCUGAGAAGUUCCAGUGGGCGGGGAACAUCAGCCGGAUGAAGAAGCUGGACUCGGCGGUCAUACAGAGAAAAAUGAUCACCAUCAGAGGGACAGUCCACCAGAGUUUCCCAGACUUCACCUUCCUGACGGGAAACUGGAUCGGGAAGCUGAUGAAGCUAAAAGGGGAGAUCGACCCCGAGCUUGCUAUAGACCUGUCAAACAAAGCAUCACUAGCCUUUCUGCAGCGGCAUCUGGGCCUGGAGAGGAACUUCAACCAGUGGGACCCUCUGAUCGACGGGGAGGAUACAAACCUCAUUCAAGGAACCAAUGUCACUGUGCUCCAGUCCGCCAUCUGAGCUCCACACAGUCCUGAAGGACCCGGGACCGCCAGGCCCUGGACGAUCCACCUCACCCAUGUAUUGGCUGAACAGACCUAGAAUGUCACAGACGGGCCUGCGUACAGACUACGUUUGGAAGUAGGUUAGGAAAGCUGAUCUCUACCUCACCAGCAGGAAAGAUUUGUUUUUCUCAACAGAUCACCUCAGUGCUCAGUGUACCAGUGUUUGUUUUUGAGGCCUGCAUGUUGCGUAUGAGCAGCUUCUCCUUUUCACUGUUAGUGAAAUCUUAAGGAUUACCAACAAAUUCUCUGAUCUAAUCAUAGCCAAAUAUAUCCACUUUUGGUGAUUAUAGAAAGUCAACAGAGAAAUCAAGUGUUGUUUCAUGCUAAUAAAGUAUGUCACUCUGGAAAUAAUGAGACUCCAGCAGAGACGAGUUACACUAUGAUUGCAGUGUGAUUAUGUGAUAAGGCCUUUAAUGAGAAUGUUCUCCAGUCAGAGGACUGGGUAGACUUAGUAAUGUAGAUCUAGAUCAGCAACCAAGCGUCUAUCUGGACUUCACAAUAAAUUAAACAAUACAGAAAUAAUAAUAAUAACACUAAACACUAAUGUUGAUCCAACCAGUAGAUGCAGUCAGAUGCUAUGUGCCUUCAUGCAGUACUGUUCCUUCUCCUCGCUCCAUGAAAUGUAACAGACCUCUACUUUUAUACACUUCUGUCAGAAAUAUUGCAUUUGUACACAACAGACAUCCAAUAAAUCUGGUUUGUAUACAAAA